CUCGCGCUUUCCAACUCGCGUCUUCGGCGAUCGAGCGACGCAACACUUCCUCCCGCCGCGUCUCCGCGCGCGCGCUCGCCCCGAGCGCGCGCACCGCGCGCGGAAAGUGUCGUCUUCUCGAACGAUCGCGCCGAAGCACGAAAUCUUGCGCGCGCAUUUUCUCACGAAAUGAGCGUUCACGAUCGGUUCCCGCACUCGACCGCGGAGCUGUGCCGCGUAAACGCGGUGCAGUUUGGGGUGUUGUCGCCCGAUGAGAUCCGUAAAAUGUCCGUGUGCGCGAUCGAGACGAGCGAGACGUACGAGAAGGGUAGACCCAAGCGAGGGGGUUUGUCCGAUCCGCGCAUGGGGACGAUGGAUCGCGGCGCGGUGUGCGAGACGGACGGGUGCGACAGCGUGCAGACGCCGGGUUACUUUGGGCAUCUUGAGUUGGCGAAACCGGUGUACCAUCAUGGGUUCAUCAACGUCGUGUUGAGAAUUCUGAGAUGCGUCGGAUACUCGUCUUCGCAAUUGUUGCUGCACAAGGACGAGGACCCAAAGUUUGCGCAGUUGAUGCGAAUCAAGAACCCGAAAAACCGAUUGAAGAAACUCACCGACGCGUGUAAAACCAAGAGCGUGUGUCCGUACACCGGGACGGCGCAACCGCAGUAUCGUUUGGAGGGAAUGAAGAUCACCGCCGAGUUCAAGCACCGCGACGAGGAGCUGUUGCCGGAAGGUGGCGAACGCAAGGUGAUCGUCACCGCGGAGCGCGCGUUACAGAUCUUGAAGGCGAUUUCUGACGAGGAUUGCCGUGCGCUGGGUCUCGACCCCGAGCACGCGCGUCCGGAUUGGUUCAUCUUGCAAGUGAUGCCCGUGCCGCCGCCGCCGGUUCGUCCGUCGGUGUCGUUCGACGCUUCCACGCGCUCGGAGGACGAUUUGACGGUCAAGCUCAUGGAAAUCGUGAGAACGAAUAAAAAUUUAGAGAGACAAGAACAAAAUGGAGCGCCGCAGCACGUCAUUUUAGAAUUUACAGAGCUGCUUCAGUAUCACAUCAUGACCUUCAUGGACAACACGGUGGCUGGCAUGCCGCGAGCGCUCACGCGCAGCGGCCGAAGCAUUAAAUCCAUUUCAGAGCGUUUGAAGGGCAAGGCGGGUAGAAUUCGAGGCAACUUGAUGGGUAAGCGCGUGGAUUUCUCUGCGCGUACCGUCAUUACGCCCGAUCCAAACUUGAUGCUCGACGAGCUCGGAGUUCCGUGGUCCAUCGCGUUGAACAUGACGUAUCCGGAAACCGUGACGCCGUACAACAUCGAUCGCCUUCAACGAUUGGUCGAGAACGGCCCGCAUCCACCUCCUGGUGAGACCGGUGCGCGUUACAUCAUUCGUGAGGAUGGUCAGCGACUCGAUCUUCGCUUCUUGAAGAAGUCGAGCGAGAAGCGUCUCGAGUACGGUUACAAAGUUGAACGUCACAUGGUGAACGGAGACGUCGUCCUGUUCAAUCGUCAACCUUCUUUGCACAAGAUGUCCAUCAUGGGUCAUCGCGUCCGAAUCAUGCCUUACUCGACGUUCAGAUUGAACUUGUCUGUCACGCCGCCAUACAACGCUGAUUUUGAUGGGGAUGAAAUGAACAUGCACCUUCCGCAGUCUUACGAGACACGCGCGGAGGUGAAGGAGUUGAUGAUGGUACCGAAAAUGAUCGUAUCGCCCCAGGCCAACAAGCCCGUGAUGGCUAUCGUGCAAGACACCUUGUUGGGUUGCCGCUUGAUCACGAAGCGCGACACCUUCAUCACAAAGGACGUCUUCAUGAACAUCAUCAUGUGGUUGGAGGAUUGGGACGGGAAGGUGCCGAAGCCGGCUAUCCUCAAACCCCAACCUUUGUGGACUGGUAAACAAGUGUUUUCGAUGAUGUUACCGAAGGUGAACUUGCUUCGCACGAGUGCGUGGGCCAAGGACUCCGACGACAUGGCUUUCAGCGUGGACGACACCGGUGUCCGAAUUGAACAAGGCGAAUUGCUCACCGGGACGCUGUGCAAGAAGACUAUGGGUAGCGGCGGUGGCGGUUUGAUCCACGUGACCUGGGAAGAGUGGGGUCCCAUCGCCGCACGCGGGCUCAUCUCUCAGACGCAGACGCUCGUCAACUACUGGGUGCUCCACCACGGUUUCACCGUCGGCAUUGCGGAUACCAUUGCGGACGACGAGACAAUGUUCUCCAUUAACAACACCAUCACCAAGGCUAAAGCUGACGUGAAGGAAGUCAUCAAACUCGCACAAAACAAUGAACUCGAGUUGCAACCGGGUAUGACGAUGCAACAAUCGUUCGAACAGAAGGUGAACCAAAUCUUGAACAAGGCGCGUGAUAACGCUGGUAACUCGGCGCAAAACUCGCUUAUGGAUACCAACAAUGUCAAGAUGAUGGUGACGGCCGGUUCGAAGGGUUCGUUCUUGAACAUUUCGCAGAUGAUUGCGUGUGUAGGACAACAAAACGUAGAAGGAAAACGUAUUCCGUACGGUUUCAAAGGCAGAACAUUGCCGCACUUUAGCAAGGAUGAUUUCGGUCCCGAGUCGCGUGGUUUCGUCGAGAACUCGUAUUUGCGUGGUUUGACUCCUCAGGAGUUCUUUUUCCACGCCAUGGGUGGCCGAGAAGGUUUGAUCGAUACUGCAGUUAAGACGUCUGAAACUGGUUACAUCCAACGUCGUCUUGUCAAGGCUAUGGAGGACGUGGUUGUCAAGUACGACGGCACUGUGCGUAACAGCGUCGGCGACGUCAUCCAGUUCUUGUACGGCGAGGACGGCAUGGACGCGACCAUGAUUGAAAGCCAAUCCAUCGAUACGUUGCGUUUCAGCGUGAAGGAGUUCGCGGCGAAGUUCCACAUCGAUCCAGAUGUCCCGGGCUUUAACAAUGGCUGGUUGAGCGAGGAGCAAGCGAGCGAACUCGCGCACACUGCAAAGGUGCGCGAGAUUCUUGACGCAGAAUGGGAUCGACUUCAGCGCGACCGAGUCGAACUGCGAACGAUUUGUCCCACAGGGGAUCCUCACGUGCACUUACCAGUGAACAUGAAGCGUAUCUUGUGGAAUGCACAAAAGCAGUACGGCCUGUACCGACCGGAUUCUGGCGAAGAAGAGGUCAAGGUGACGCACAUCAUCGAGAGCGUCGCUGAACUUUUGCCGAAGCUCAUCGUGGUGCCUGGUACAGAUCCGUUAUCCGUCGAAGCGCAAAGAAACGGUACGAUGCUAUUUUUCGCGCACGUGCGCGCCAAUUUGGCAGCCAAGCGCGUGCUGAAAGAACACAAGCUCACGCGCGCCGGCUUCGACUGGGUCAUCGGCGAAAUCGAAUCACGCUUCAAGAUGGCACUUGCGCCGCCCGGUGAUGGUAUUGGCACGGUUGCCGCGCAAUCAAUCGGUGAGCCGGCGACGCAGAUGACGUUGAAUACGUUCCACUUCGCCGGUGUGUCCGCCAAGAACGUGACCCUUGGUGUGCCGCGCUUGAAAGAAAUCAUCAACAUCGCGAAGAGCAUCAAGACGCCAAGCUUGACGAUCGCACUCAAGCCAGAGUUAGCUGGUGACAGAACGAGAGCGAAGGACUGUCAAGCGAGCCUAGAGUACACCACGCUCCACAGCGUUGCCGCAGUCACCGAGGUUCACUACGAUCCAGAUCCCACGGACACUGUCAUCGAGGAAGACCGCGAAUUCGUUCGCGCGUACUACGAAAUGCCAGACGAAGACGUUGACCCGUCGCGCAUGUCCCCAUGGUUGUUGCGUAUCGAGCUUAACCGUGAGAUGAUGGUAGACAAGAAGCUCCUCAUGGCGGAUGUUGCGGAGAGAAUCAACGAAGAUUUCGCCGGCGACUUGAGCUGCAUCUUCAACGACGACAACUCUGAAAAGUUGGUGUUGAGAAUUAGAAUCAUGAACCCCGAAGGCGUGAAAUACGAGGACGCCUCGACCGAGGACGAAGUAUUCUUGAAGCGUCUCGAGACGCAGAUGUUGAGCAACCUUGCAUUGCGCGGUAUUCCAGACAUUAAGAAGGUUUUCAUCCGCGAAGCCAAACAAAACGCCAUCAACAGCAAGACGGAGCUCUUCGAGAAAACCACCGAGUGGAUGUUGGACACCGAAGGCGUCAACUUGCUCGAAGUCAUGGCACAUCCGGACGUCGACUUCACGAGAACUACAUCUAACCACUUGAUUGAAGUGAUUCAAGUUCUUGGCAUCGAAGCGGUGCGCAAUACGCUCUUGCGUGAGUUGCGUGGUGUGAUUGAGUUCGACGGUUCGUACGUGAACUACAGACAUCUCGCGAUUCUCGUCGAAGUGAUGACAUACCGUGGUCACUUGAUGUCGAUUACGCGACACGGCAUCAACCGCGUGGAGACCGGUCCGCUCAUGCGCUGCAGCUUCGAAGAAACUGUCGACAUUCUCAUGGAGGCGUCGGCGUUCUCUGAGCGAGACAAUAUGACUGGGCCGAGCGAGAAUAUCAUGCUCGGGCAGUUCUGUCCGAUCGGUACCGGGGAGUUCAAGCUGCACUUGAACGACGAGUUGUUACAAGAUGCAGUUGAGUUAGAACUGUUCGGGGAUGGAUCUAGGACCCCUGGACACGGCGGAAUGAUGACGCCGGGGCGCGAUGGAACGCCCGGUUGGGGAUCAAAGUCGCCGAGUUUCUUGUUGAGUCCAGGUGGACAUCAAAGUCCGUUCGAUACAAGCAUGGCAUUCUCGCCGUACUCCGAUGGCAUGGCGUUCUCACCGGGAAUGUCCCCUGGUGGUUUUGGAGGUUACUCCCCCACGAGUCCAGCGUAUUCUCCGACGAGCCCAGCAUACUCCCCCACGAGUCCGGCGUACUCGCCCACGAGCCCAGCGUACUCGCCCACGAGUCCAGCGUACUCGCCCACGAGCCCGGCUUACUCGCCCACGAGUCCAGCGUACUCCCCCACGAGUCCAGCGUACUCCCCCACGAGUCCGGCGUACUCGCCCACGAGCCCAGCGUACUCGCCCACGAGUCCAGCGUACUCGCCCACGAGCCCGGCUUACUCGCCCACGAGUCCAGCGUACUCCCCCACGAGUCCAGCGUACUCCCCCACGAGUCCGGCGUACUCGCCCACGAGCCCAGCGUACUCCCCGAAAGAGGAAGAAGAAAACGAAGAAGAAUAGAGGAAAGGAGACAACUGUUUGUUU